UGCGGGGAGCUUCCCCGAGUACGUGUACGUGAGCGCAACGACGUCAUAUCCUAAUUCGUCCAGGAACGCAACGGUGCGCUGCAGUUCUCUGUCCUUGUCGCCCCAGGGCACAUUCAGGUCGUGAAACAUCCUCACGAUGAGUUCGGCGCGUGAAGUCCACGCCGCCGGCGAGCUGCGCAAGAGGGAGCCUGCCGGUGAGUCUGCCGGUGAGUCUGACCUGCAACUCUUUGAUGCGAGCCGAUCGUCGCUUUUGCGUCCAAGCUUCCCAUCACGUGCUGGGCGAUCUCACACAAAACAAGCCAUCAGCAACACCGACCACCACGGCCCGCGUUCAAAUCCUUGCGGCACAACCCCUCCAACAACACCAACACCGCAAUCAGUCUCGCGUCCAAGCCGCUACCCGCACUCUGGUCUUAUUGUGCGCAUCCGUAAACACAAGGCUCUUGCUGCUGGGCUUGUGCUAGGCCUCCUCGCCGCCCUUGUUGUGCUCUUCGCCAGUCCCGCCAGCCUCCGCUUCAACCAGCCCCGCGACGACGUCUCCGCGACCCACGACGACUCCCUUAAGAACGUGACCGCGGCCGAGCAGCUGCCGCCGGUCGUAGAGGCACCGGACAAUCCGGCCAUGGAGCUCAACAGCAGCGGUGCCGCGGCCAGCGUUGCGCGUGUGUAUGCCGACGUCAAUGCCAACAUGCCCCGCGCAUACUGGGACUACGAUAGCGUCAACAUCUCCUGGGGCAUAUUGGAGAAUUACGAGGUUGUGCGGAAGAUUGGCCGCGGAAAAUACUCGGAAGUCUUCGAGGGCAUCAAUGUGGUAAACUACCAGAAAUGCGUCAUCAAGGUCCUGAAACCGGUGAAGAAGAAGAAGAUAAAACGUGAGAUCAAGAUUCUCCAGAAUCUGUCUGGGGGACCGAAUAUCGUAGCCCUGCUGGAUGUGGUGCGGGACAACCAGAGCAAAACCCCCUCGUUGAUAUUUGAGUACGUCAACAACACCGAUUUCCGAAGCCUCUACCCCAAAUUCCAGGACUAUGACGUGAGAUAUUAUAUCUAUGAGCUGUUGAAAGCGCUGGAUUUCUGCCAUAGCAAGGGCAUUAUGCACAGGGAUGUCAAGCCACACAAUGUCAUGAUUGACCAUGAAAAGAGAAAGUUGAGGUUGAUCGAUUGGGGUCUGGCCGAAUUUUACCAUGCUGGCACAGAGUACAAUGUCCGCGUGGCAUCACGCUACUUCAAGGGACCAGAACUCCUUGUCGACUUCCAGGAGUACGACUACUCUCUCGACAUGUGGUCCCUCGGAGCCAUGUUCGCUUCCAUGAUCUUCCGAAAAGAGCCAUUCUUCCACGGGAGCAGCAACUCGGACCAGCUCGUCAAAAUUGCCAAGGUCCUCGGGACAGAAGACCUCUUCGAUUAUCUAGACAAGUACGACAUCGAGCUUGAUGCUCAGUACGACGAUAUUCUGUCACGAUAUCCCAAGAAACCUUGGCAGUCUUUCGUCAACGCUGAAAACCAGCGUUUUGUCAGCCACGACGCGAUUGACUUCCUCGACAAGCUUCUUCGAUAUGACCACCAGGAUCGUCUAACGGCGAAGGAGGCAAUGGCCCACCCCUAUUUUGCCCCUGUCCGACAGAACACGAUGCAGAACCAUACUGCCGCCUCAUCCCAUUCAUGAAUGACAACCCCCUAAACCCGACUGGAAGACAUGUUACCACUGACAUCAUCGAUUUUGCGUACCGAUGGGGUCGGCAUGGCGCUCUAGAAAACAGGAUUCGCGCCCUUGUACAACCCGCCAGAUCACCACAGCCCCAUUCAUCUCGUCACUUGAGCCGGUUUAUCAACACUGUGGCUGGCAAUGCAUCGUGGCUCAUGGAGCCGCCUCCGAAAUUCAAUACAAGAUCGCAAUGUCGUAAGGAUGCGUCUCCCACAAAUACAGCUAUGUUAUUAAUCCCCCUGCAUCACUGUCGAAUCUCUGCGAUGCUUCCGGUGGUUUGCUGAUGCACCUCCUUGUUUCAGUAUCACAUUACAUUGCAUUGUCGGGCGUUGAAUCGCUUAUAAGUAGAUAUCCGCGGAGUGACAGAUUAUGCUAUUCAAAGAGUCCCUCUGAUGCCG